CACAGUGAGAUCAAUACUUUAUACAUGCACACAGACAUUUGUUCCUCAGAUGGCCCAGGUUUGCUUCCUGGGUCUCUCCCUUGGUUCACGACCUCAGCCUAUGACAGAGGCAUCACUGUCUCACUCAGAUAACAUGGAUCCGCUUAAUGUUUAGCCCAAGAUACACACACACACACACACACACACACACACACACACACACACACACACACACACACACACAGACACGGACACGGACACGGACGCACAGACACUGUGAAGCAGAGGGAUUACAAAGGCGUAGAGACCCAUAUGCUACCCAGGGAUGGAGGCGAGAAAGCUAAAUGCGAGGAGAACACAGAGUUGUAAAGAACAAGGGCCUGGUGUUGAAGCUGAAGCUCAAGUAGCACCACAUGGGAGUGUCCCGAGUCGUUCUCUCUCUACUGUAGCUCGUCUCUAUGUGUACGCCCUGCAUGGCUGCCUCUGCGAGGUGUCCUUCACUGCUGUGUGGGACUGGUGCAGCACCCAGGACAGGAGGCUGGCCGGUCACAGCAGCCUGUGGUCGUUGCCUAUGUACGCCAUCGCAAUCUACCUCAUGGAGAUCCUGAGAGCCCGGCUGCUGGCUCAGCAUCUCCCACUGCCUGUGCGUCUGGCGGCCUACACCAUGUUCAUCUACCUAUGGGAGUUCAGCUGGGGGGUGGGGCUGAGGCUGCUGGGGGCCUGUCCCUGGGACUACUCAGGUUAUAGGUACAACCUGGGAGGACUGGUGACUCUGGAAUAUGCACUGCCCUGGACUGUGGCAGCAUUUAUAGCUGAGCAACAUGUGAUCAGGAACACCCUGAGGAUAAGACUGCACAACUGAACUGAUACCAAUCUGGUAUACUGAGCUUCCAAAAGCAGCUACAAAGCACGUAUUGACAUUGCUUCAGGAACAACA